AUGCUGCGGAUUCGUGUGGGGCUCUCACCCACCAAAACCCCCUCCUCAACAACCCAGCCCACGCAACCUCACCCACGCAACCUCACCCACGCAACCCAACACACGCCAUCCACCCACGCAACACAACCCACGCAACCUCACCCACGCAACCUCACCCACGCAACCUCACCCACGCAACCUCACCCACGCAACCUCACCCACGCAACACAACCCACGCCUCCCACCCACGCACUCCAGCCCACGCACCCAAGCCCACGCACCCAAACCCACGCACCCCAGCCCACGCAUCCCAGCCCACGCACCUCACCCACGCAACCUCACCCGUGCAACCUCACCCACACAACCCAACACACGCAACCCAACACACGCCAUCCACCCACGCAACACAACCCACGCAACCCUACACACGCCAUCCACCCACGCAACACAACCCACGCAACCCAACCCACGCCGCCCACCCACGCCGCCCACCCACGCCGCCCACCUACGCCGCCCACCUACGCCGCCCUCCCACGCAUACCAACCCACGCCUCCCACCCACCUAAACUGGGAGGCCUAAAAAUGUCAUAUAACCCAACCCACACAACCCAACCCACGCCUCCCACCCACGCACCCCAACCCACGCACCCCAACCCACGCAACCCAAACCACGCCCCCCACCUACGCACCCCAUCCCACGCCUCCCACCCACGCCUCCCACCCACGCCUCCCACCCACGCCUCCCACCCAGGCACCCCAACCCACGCAACCCAAACCACGCCCCCCACCUACGCACCCCAUCCCACGCCCCCCACCUACGCACCCCAUCCCACGCCACCCAACCCACGUAACCCAACCCACGUAACCCAACCCACGCCUCCCGCCCACGCACCCCAACCCACGCAUCCCUACCCAAACAUUCUACCCGCGCUUCACAACCCACGCUUUUUACCCGCGCAUCCCACCCACGCUUCCCACCCGCCCUUUCUACCUAUGCGUUUUCCUCUGCGCGACCUAAAAUAUCCGUGA